AUGAGUCUCCAGGCCUCAGAAGGCUGUCCUGGCCUGGGAACUAAUGUGUUUGUCCCACAGAGCCCACAAAGGGAUGAAGAAGGCAGCAGGUCAGGAAGAAGUUUCCAUGAGUUCGAGGAUACACAGGACCUGGACACUCCUGGUCUCCCACCUUUCUGUCCUAUGGCUCCUUGGGGCUCUGAGGAGGGGCUGUCUCCAUGCCACCUGCUGACAGUGCGGAUAAUCCGGAUGAAAAAUGUCCGGCAGGCUGAUACGCUGAGCCACACAGACUGUUUUGUGAGCCUCUGGCUGCCCACUGCCUCUCAGAAGAAGCUGAGGACAAGGACCAUCUCCAACUGCCCAAAUCCAGAGUGGAAUGAGAGCUUCAACUUCCAGAUCCAGAGCCGAGUGAAGAACGUGCUAGAGUUGAGUGUCUGUGAUGAAGACACAGUGACACCAGAUGACCAUCUCCUGACAGUUUUCUAUGACCUCACCAAGCUCUGUUUCCGAAAGAAAACCCAUGUGAAGUUUCCACUCAACCCGCAGGGCAUGGAAGAGCUGGAAGUGGAGUUCCUGCUGCAGAAGAGUCCCUCUCCACCUGAGACCCUCGUCACCAAUGGCGUGCUGGUGUCUCGACAAGUCUCCUGCCUGGAGGUUCAUGCACAAUCCAGGAGGCGGAGGAAGAGGGAGAAAAUGAAGGACCUCCUGGUGAUGGUGAAUGAGUCCUUUGAGAACACCCAGCGUGUCCGGCCCUGCUUGGAACCCUGCUGCCCAACCUCUGCCUGCUUCCAAACUGCUGCCUGCUUCCACUACCCCAAGUACUUCCAGUCCCAGGUGCACGUAGAAGUGCCCAAGAGUCACUGGAGCUGUGGGCUUUGCUGCUGCUCUCGCAAGAACAGCCCCAUCAGCCAGCCCCUCGACUGCCUUUCCGAUGGUCAGGUGAUGACCCUGCCUGUGGGUGAGAGUUAUGAAUUACACAUGAAGUCUACAUCCUGCCUUGAGACACCGGACGUGCGGCUGGGCUUCAGCCUGUGCCCGGCAGAGCUGGAGUUUCUGCAGAAGCGGAAGGUGGUGGUGGCCAAGGCCCUGAAGCAGGUGCUGCAGCUGGAGGAAGACCUGCAGGAGGACGAGGUGCCGCUGAUAGCCAUCAUGGCCACUGGGGGUGGAACAAGAUCCAUGACCUCCAUGUACGGCCACCUGCUGGGGCUGCAGAAGCUGAACCUCCUGGACUGUGCCAGCUACAUCACUGGCCUGUCAGGGGCCACCUGGACCAUGGCUACCUUGUACCGUGACCCUGACUGGUCCUCCAAAAACCUGGAGCCUGCUAUCUUUGAGGCCCGGAGACAUGUGGUAAAGGACAAGCUACCCUCCCUGUUCCCAGACCAGCUCCGCAAAUUCCAGGAGGAGCUCCGGCAGCGCAGCCAGGAAGGCUACAGGGUCACCUUUACAGACUUCUGGGGCCUGCUGAUAGAGACCUGCCUAGGGGACGAGAGAAAUGAAUGCAAACUGUCAGAUCAGCGUGCUGCUUUGAGCUGCGGCCAGAACCCCCUGCCCAUCUACCUCACCAUCAAUGUCAAGGAUGAUGUAAGCAACCAGGACUUCAGAGAGUGGUUCGAGUUCUCCCCCUACGAGGUGGGCCUGCAGAAGUAUGGAGCCUUCAUCCCCUCCGAGCUCUUCGGCUCCGAGUUCUUCAUGGGGCGGCUGGUGAAGAGGAUCCCGGAGUCUCGAAUCUGCUACAUGCUAGGCCUGUGGAGCAGCAUCUUCUCUCUCAACCUGCUGGAUGCCUGGAACCUGUCACACACCUCGGAGGAGUUUUUCCACAGGUGGACAAGGGAGAAAGUGCAAGACAUCGAAGACGAGCCGAUCCUGCCUGAAAUCCCCAAAUGUGAUGCUAACAUCCUGGAGACCACAGUAGUGAUCCCAGGGUCAUGGCUGUCCAAUUCUUUCCGAGAAAUCCUUACCCAUCGGUCCUUCGUGUCUGAGUUUCACAACUUCCUGUCUGGGCUGCAGCUGCACACCAACUACCUCCAGCAUGGCCAGUUCUCUAGGUGGAAAGACACAGUGCUGGAUGGUUUCCCAAACCGGCUGACCGAGUCUGCGAACCACUUGUGCCUGCUGGACACUGCGUUCUUUGUCAACUCCAGCUACCCGCCCCUCCUCAGGCCAGAGCGAAAAGCCGACCUCAUCAUCCACCUCAACUACUGUGCUGGGUCCCAGACAAAGCCCCUGAAACAAACUUGUGAGUACUGCACUGUGCAGAACAUCCCCUUCCCCAAAUAUGAGCUGCCAGAUGAGAACGAAAAUCUCAAGGAAUGCUACCUGAUGGAGAACCCCCAGGAACCCGAUGCCCCCAUCGUGACUUUCUUCCCACUCAUCAAUGACACUUUCCGAAAAUACAAGGCACCAGGUGUAGAGCGAAGCCCUGAGGAGCUGGAGCAGGGCCAGGUGGACAUUUAUGGUCCCAAAACUCCCUAUGCUACCAAGGAGCUGACAUACACAGAGGCCACCUUCGACAAGCUGGUGAAACUCUCGGAGUACAACAUCCUGAAUAAUAAGGACACUCUCCUCCAGGCUCUGCGGCUCGCGGUGGAGAAGAAGAAGCGCCUGAAGGGCCAGUGUCCCUCCUAG